CAUGCAACGCACAACCAUAAUUUAAGUGUAAGACAAAUAAGGAAACGUAAUUCUGUUUACCAUGCCAAAACUUAAGGCGACUAAGUGCAUGAAAAGCCACUUACGUUGGCUUAGGAUUCCCGAAGUUCGUUUUCAUUACAAUCUAAGUAUUCCAAUGUAGUCAAGUGAGAAGUCAGAAAUGAAUUUGUCCGAAGAUGUAUUCGGAAGAUUAUCGAUAUAUCGGAUAGCGUUUCAUCUAAGCUGGCUAUCGGCUGUAGGAGAUGUGUGGCAUAAUGUACCUACUUGUGAUCUGGUGUGGAUGAGUGACCGAGCCCCUUCAGCCAGGGUGUGUUCGGUAAAAGUAAUAUGGCCAGCAUCAAUGAAGAAGAAUUAAAGAACUAUUUAUUUUAGGGGUUUAUUUAUUUCUACCGUUCACUCAUACCCUUGCGGGGUAGUGAUGACUCCAAUACAUGGUUAACCAGGCGUUUAAAUCGACGAGUUUGUCUAUGGUAGGCAUUCUUCUGAUUGCUUGCUACGUUCGGCAGCAUCCGAUCGUCUUUAAAUGAUACAGUGACCCAUGUAAUACAAUAUAUCACCGAAAAAAUGUACAGUGAAGAUAUACAUUGAUUGUAUUCUUCGCCAUUUUUUUCAUAUUUUCUGUCUGUCCUGGAAAAUAAAAAAGUGAAAGUGCAGGAUCAUGUCGAAAAACACUCGUAUGUGCGUAAGGGUGCAAAACGUGCAAAAAAUUUGGUAUUCCUGCGUACAAAUAAUAUAUCAAGGGUCUACAUGAAAGUACUAAACAGACAGCGUAAACCGUAUCAGGGGAGGGUUGGUUUACCUUUAGAACAAGUCAACCGUCUACACCUUAUCAAAAAUACUGGGAUAGUUGGUGUAUAUUGGUGCUUCCCAUUAUCUAAAACUCAUACAUUCAACUAAGAUGUUCGUCCAGCUAAUUUGUAAUAAGAAUACCGGCUAUUAGAGAAAUAUCGCCUCUGACAUCUUUUCCACACUCAAACUUGUUUAAUUGUGCUAGAUACUCACAACAAGCAACUGACGUUUUUAAAAGCAUAGAAACCCUUAUCAUGAGCGAACUAAUACGACUAAUCAUUCAAAAGCUGAAUGACGAGCCAUUUAACAGGAGUUUUAACCUAAUAUCUUUCGAUUCGCUUGAACCUGUCCGUCUUCUACAGGUUCUGAAUGAUGUUCUUAGCGAAAUAGAUAAUAAAGUACUGGGAAUUUUCAUAUUAUUAAAGUUUUUAUCCAGCAUAAAAUCGAUAUCAGGGAGGAGCCUCCUGAUAAGAUGGCUGUCAGAAUGUUUGAAGCUUUUAGGGUGUUUAGGUAUAAAUUACCAACCGAUCCAGAAAAGCUGAGCUUAUUUCGCCAGGGUUUAGUGACUGGAGAUAAAAUUAUCAUAUACCCUAUUUUGGAGUGGCUUCUCACUAGAAUGUCUGAGUUGAAAAAGCGUGCAUAUUUAGCCCAAUAUCUUGUUAAAGUCAGUAUUCCCGUGGAUUUUAUGCAGGAUGAGGAAAUAGCAGGACUUUAUCAACAAUAUGAAAACUCGAUUGAAAACUUCAAAGAAUCUCAUAAAAAGUUUGAAAGCGUUAAAAAUGGCGGACUUACGACUGCAGAAGUGAAGAAAGAUAUUUCCGCGAUGCAAGAAGAAAAGGACCAGUUACUCAGACGAGUAGAAAGAAUGAAAAAGAAGCUGGAAGCUUUUCCUACCAGUAAUACAAUGCUAGAAAUGGCGAAAAGGUUGCGGCUAGAGCGAGAAAAGGAGACCAAAAUAUCUAAACAAAUGAGAGAACAAAAGUCACUAAUUGCGAAUACAGAUCAACGUAUUCAAAUCACUCAACAACAACUGAAAGAAUUAAGAAAAACUACAACUAAUUCGACAGCAACAGCAUUAAUACAACGUGUUGAGGAAGAAACAAAAGUUAAUCAAUAUAUGCUAUCUGAAAAAUUGCCUAAAGAAUUAUUAAAUAUAAAGACCUAUAUUGAAAAUGUAACAAAAGUUGUUUCACAACCAGCUAUGAAUCAAUCUUUUCUUGAUCAACUUAAUCAACAACUACGUGAUGCAAAUUCCGAAUUAAAUAAACUAAUAGAAAAACGUAUGAUUUCAAAUGAACCAUUUGAUGAUAAAAUUUCAUUAUUUCGUCAGCAAGCUGCUAUUGUAAGACGUAAAAAAUUAGCAGCAGCUGAAACAUUAACAACAACACGUGAUAGACUAUCUGAAUUGAAUAAUCGUCUUGAAGAAAUGAAAAAUCAAUUGGGUGUAUCAACAACUAUUGAUCAGAAUGGAGAAGAUGGCAAUGUGAUUACAAUAAAUAAGGCGUUAGAUCUGUCCUGUUUAAAGACUGAUGAAUUUCAACGAUAUGUUGCAAAACUUCGUAGUAAAAACACAAUAUAUAAGCAAAAACGUGCUCAAUUAAGUGAGUUACGCGCAGAAAAAGGAAUACUGUCGAGAACUGUUGAAAUAUUACGUAAUGAAGAGAAUGAAAUGAAAACAUUAUUGGCUAAUGCAGAAUCUGAACAUGGUACCAGUGGUUGUUGGGAAACUCAAACAAAUUUAGGCAAAAUAUCUGAAGAAAUGUCACUGUCAAAUGAACAAAAAGGUAUUACAUUAGAAGAAAUGUCAAAAAUUAUUCAACAAUUAAAUAAUCGAAUCAAUACUAAACGUACACAACUAGCUCCAAUCAUCCGAGAACUUCGACAAUUAAGACAAAGAGCUCAGGAACUUGGUCAAAUACAUGUUGAGAAAAAAUCCGCUUAUGAUGCAUUAACAGCUAGUCAAGAAUCUCAAUCUAUUCGUUUAGAACAAGAAGUACGUACAAUACGUGAAGCGGAAAAAAAUGAAGAAUCAAAAUUUCAUUAUUUAACUGCCAAUCUAGAACUAUUACAUAUUCAACAAAAUCGUUUACAAAAUGAAAUACGUGGUUAUGUAACUAGUAGUAGUCAUGUUGCUUUAUCAUCUAAUAAAAAUGAAAGUACAAAUGAAACUAUGGAGAAAAGAAAAAGUUACAGAGAAAUUUAUACACGUAAAAUAGCUGAACAAGAAGCUUUAACUAAAACAUUAAAACAAGAACAGAAAUCUUUAUUAGAAAAUGAAAAAUUUGGUUUAAAACAAGUGAAUUUAUGGAAAAAUUUAUUACAAUUAUUAGAAAUUAAAAAAAUCACUAAAGAAUUUAAUGAAGAACGUGAAAAAGCCGGUGGUGAUUAUGCAAAUGUUACUAAAAUUGAAAAAGACAGAAUGUUAUUAUGAUAAAAAGAACAACAACACAGUAUUGACAAUUGUAAAUAACUUGUUUUUAAAUAAGUAAAAGUAUUAUUUACUUAUAUUUGGGUUACUUUGUUAAUUGAUCAUCCUUAUAACUGUUGAUAUAUAAACUUCAUCGAUGUUUAAAAUUAGAAGGCAAUAAGAAACAGCAACUACAGUUUAUUAGUUGAUAGCGCAUAUCACAAAGCUAUAAGUAAUGUCAAGUGAAUUUGAAGUGGAGAGGUGAAUACUUACUUACUCACCUACUUACGCCUGUUACUCCUAAUGGAGUAUAGG